UAGAGAUUCCUUCACUCCUCUACUGCAUAGAUAUUCAAUCUUCAAACGUUUCCACAUCUCGCACUGGAGCUUCUGACGCUGAUCGAUCGGUGGUUGUUGGGUUGGAGUAUUUAAAUAGUUAUUAAAUAUUUGGCGAUGUCUUGGCACCAACCUCACGCGUCGACAAGCAUUUUUUUUUCUCGCGCAGAGCAUACAACUACAUACUUAUCAACUUGAUAUCCGCAGCCACAGGUCGACAAACAGGCCCUAUCAGCUAGGGAGAGGAAGAUCCAGCAUACGUCCACUCUUUUCUCUUUUGCUUAUUUGCCUUUCUCUCCUUUGUAUGUGGAUUUCACCGGCUAGUUGCAGCUUGGGUUGAAGUAAAUCCUUUGCGAUAGCGAGCUUUCGCCUUUGAUUUGCCUGCUCUCCUAACAUAACUGGAGAACAACCUCAUUACGACGGGAAUCGCAAGCUGGAGUGCAUGGUACUGACAGGGUCAGUUAACCAUCUUUUCGCGACUCGUUUAAAUCUAACAACUCUGUCCAUCCUGAACUUUCUCUUUUCCUGUAGGCUUGGAUGGGACCUGGAAUGAAAAGCCGGCUAUCGUGUGUACCUUUACAACUCCCUUGCCGUAACCAAGCCCCCCCAAGCAUGUCAUGAACGGCACUCCUCGACUCCGAUCUUCCUUCCCCCAAACCCCCCGCCAUUCCCCACGUUACAGAACCCUCAGCGAUGGACCGAGAGGGACUCCACUCGAAGCCCGGAUGCGGAGCCUUCGAAACGAGAAACCCGCACCAGUGAGGCUGGAACAGGACGAUACAAGCGCGCCGCUUAUUCCCUUCAGUGUUAUCGAUGCCCCGUCUCAGAGACUAUAUGUGGUGGCUUUCUACAUGGCCCUGAAUGCGUGGCGCAUGUACGAAUUCUGGACCUCGUCAGAUGAUUUUGAUUCAACCUGGCUCUUCUUAAAAUGGGUCUCAAUUGACGGCAUCUUCUUGUUCGGUCUCCCUGCUCUGCGGAUACCGUGGUUAGAAUGGGCGUUUUCGACUACGUUGGCGGUAUUCAUGGUGCAUGCUGUUGCCAAUGCCUUUUUGAUGUUCCGCAUUCCUAUACCUAUAGAGUCGUGGAUGGCUGCCCUGGUCAAGUUGGCUUAUGACAGGGAGCUUUCCAUAUCAGAAAGAAGGGUUAGGCCGGCUGAUAUCCUCCGUAAUUCGUCUUUGAUUCUUGGCAAGCAAAUUAUUCAUAUCCUCCCUGAAGGGUCCGCGGUACUGAACCCAGAGCAAACCUCGUUUUGUAUCGAUGGCCAGACAACCCAGGCGAUGUUACCAAUCCGUGUGAAUCAGACUACGCCGAUAAUCAUUGAUCUAUUACGAGUUGACCUCGAGUCUGGCCAGAAUGAGACUAUUUCAAUUCCAUCCAAACAACUGAAGCAGAUGAUGAAGUUAGCGAAUAAGGGUCAUCCGAGUUCGGAUAAGUAUAGCCCAAGAGAUUUGCUAUUUCCAGUUAGAAAAACAGGAAUUUACCAGCUACAAAGAGUCGUGGACGAUUCGAAGCUUGAAGUUAGGCGCAGCCCACUUGACACCCUGGUUGCUGCGUGCCCGAAAGCGGUUAUUCGGACUUCGGCGGACAACCGAUGCAAGGGCGAGCUGUCAGACUUGACGCUGGUAGUCGAGGGGACACCCCCUUUGAAGAUCAAAUACAGUCGUAAGGUUAAUUGCAUCGAUCACGGCGUCUCGUUCCAGAGUAUUCAGCCAGAAAAUUUUAGAUCACCUCUCACCAAUCAGGUUCGAGUUGGCUCCCUGAUAGAUCCAAAGGACACAGAAAUUAGCUGGGCGCAGUCUCAGAGAAUUGAGGUCCCGCUUAACGAAUCGCUGAGCAUUGGGGGUGAAUGGAUCUAUUCUAUUGAAGAGGUCCACGAUGCCUGUGGAAAUGUCGCCAACUAUUCUCUUAUUCUUGACGAUGGUGACCAACAGCCUGUAAAGACUUCGCCCCAAACUCAGAAAUUCUUAGUUCAUGAGCGACCUCGUGUUUCAUUGACUGGAUGCAACGCCCAAUCCUACCUCCAAGUCGCGAAAGACUCUUCCAUCGAUCUCCCCGUUCAUUUCCAUUCCGUUGGACGCGACGAGCCAGCUGACGCUCCCUAUACGUUGACGUACUCCUUCAGGAGCGAGGCUACUCAGGAUGAUACUUCCAUUCCUCCCUCCGUGCAACAAGUCAACCUUCAAAGUGUCAACCACAAACCUCGAAUCAAAGAGCCAGGAUGGUAUAGCCUUACUGCUAUCUCCAGCCAAUUUUGUUCAGGGGAGAUCUUCGAACCUGCGUCUUGCUUCCUUCAUAACCCUCCUGAGCCAAGUAUUAACUUGCGCUACGAAAAGCUAUAUGACAAGUGUGCAAAUAAUUCGGUUGGCCUUCUUGUAGAUCUCGACCUGAUUGGUACACCUCCGUUUCAAAUUCGGUAUAAUAUCGAAACGACUACCGGAGUUCAGACGCGUCUCAUAUCCAUCGACUCUCUGAGGAGCCAAAUCGAUUUUACUCCAGCAGAAGCAGGACAUUAUAAGUACGAAUUCCUUGACAUAUCAGAUCGCGUUUAUCAGCCCCAAUCAUUGAAGGGCAAGGUUCCGACGCUGGAGCAAGAUGUGAAGCCUCCUGCUUCCGCACAAUUCCUGGGUCAUGUGACCAGUCGCAAAGCCUGCUUUGGUGAACCUGUUUCGGUUGAUGUCUUCUUCGUUGGAGAGGCUCCAUGGGAACUACAGUACGAGCUCGUUCAUAACGGGAAACGGAUGAAACAUACGCUUCGGAGCGAGCAUGAAAUAGCGACUGUUGUUACUGAUGAUCUUGUUGACGGCGGUGGAUAUACUCUAGGUUUGACAAGUGUGAAAGAUAAGUCAAAUUGCAAGAGGCUGUUAAAGGAGGAAAUCAAGAUUGAUGUCCGACCUAAGAGACCUCAGGUUGCCUUCGGUCUACUCGACAAGAAACGCAGCAUCCUUGCUCUGGAGGACAAGAAAGUGGAGGUACCACUACGGUUGGAAGGAGUGGCGCCGUGGACCGUCAGAUUUCAAAACCUUGAUGACCCUUCGAUGCCUCUCAUCGAAAGGACACUAUAUAAUGAGAACAGUGUUGUCCAACUCACCCAACGUGGACGAUAUGAAAUCAUCGAAGUCAACGAUUCUACGUGUCCCGGUUCUGUUGACAAAAAAGCAAGCAUGUUCGAAAUUGCUUGGAUCCCUGGACCAAGAAUUACAACUAUCGAUGGCAUUUCCGUUGAAGACAAGGAUGUUCUAGAAAAACGAGAGGUUUGCGAGGGUGAUGAGGAUCUCAUGGAGGUGAAAUUCGAUGGCACACCUCCUUACACGGUUAGGUACGAGCAACAGCGUCGGCUAGUUACUGGCGGGAUCUCUAUGAGCCUCAAGACAAUGACAGCGGCAUUGGGUUCUGCAUCUCUACGAAUGGACACCUCAAAACCGGGCGUCUAUUCCUAUAAGAUUAUUGAACUGGGUGAUAAUCUCUAUAGCUUCGAUCAUAAGAAACAUGCGCCGCUCACCGUUACCCAACAAGUCAAUCCUCGCCCUUCUGCUCGCUUUGAACAACCCAACCAUAUAUACGGAUUCUGUAAAGAAGAAGGCAAUGCGGAGGAAGUAAUCCCUAUAAUUCUGGAAGGGGUUCCGCCGUUCUCCCUAGAGAUUGGGAUCAAGCAUUCUUCAGUAUCGAAGCCGGAGGUGCUAUCCAUACCACACGUAGACUCCAACCGGUACAACUUACCCAUCCCGCGACGAUACCUCGACCUAGGACAGCACGUCAUCAGCAUCCAGAAAGUCCGGGAUGCGCGUGGCUGCCAACGCACCACAGAAUACGAAGGCUCCUCCGUUCGAGUCGCUAUUUCAGAUGUCCCGACCAUUCUACCGCUGGAAGCGCAGGUGGACUAUUGCGUUGGAGAGCGCCUCUCCUUUUCGCUAUCUGGUCACGCGCCGUUCGAGGUAUAUUAUACUUUUAACGGCGUGGAGCGGAAAGCUACUGUGCCGAAUACUAGCUUCCGCCGCAUUGCGGAAAAACCAGGUGAAUUUGUUAUUACGGCCGUGAGCGACGGGGCAAGUGGGAAGUGCAAAGCGUACAAGAAUAUCACCAAGACUAUCCAUGAAAUGCCUAGCGUGAGAGUCAGUCGUGGAUCGGUUUCUGUUGUCGAGAUACAUGAGGGUGGAGAAGCUGAGAUGGUAUUUGAGUUUUGGGGAACUCCGCCGUUUGAGUUCACAUAUACGCGCAGUUCAAUAGACCGGAAGGGGAAGAAAUCACAGGUUUUGGAUACUAAACACGACAUAUCCUAUGAACACACCAAAACUAUCCGAACAUCUGACGAAGGUAGCUACGAAGUUGUUGCGAUCAAAGACAAGUACUGCUCGUUCUCUACCCAGGAUGCAGCAGGAUCGGGCGGGCGGAAAAGAGGCUAGUGACAGGCAAGUCGCCUCAUAUACAGAUUAGAUGGCCCGCCCCCUUGUGUAAUAUAGAUUUAUUUGCGUCUAUAGAGCCUUGAUAGGCCGAGGGGUUGGGUUAAUGUGUGGAUCUCGUUUGUUUGUCCCUAAUGAUGAGAGAAUGGGGGGGAUUACAUAGCAUCGGCGUUAUUUUAGGUCACCGUUUGUCAGUUUCCCUUAUAUUUUUUGUGUAGUUUAUUGUUGCUCUUUUUAUUGUAAAAAGGAGGAAAUGUUAAAAUCUAUAACGUAUUGAUAAAUGAAAUUUUUCUACUUUCUUUGUUCUCCUAUCUACCUAUUCGUAUUUUUACCGAUUAACCUGAAUCUUCUCGACAAGCUCGCCACCUACCGUGGCAAUCUCAUUCAAAAUCGCUGUCCUGUUAGGCAUGAGCUCCGCCCCAUUUUCCUCCGCCCCUCCUUCAACAUUCGAUGGAACAGUCGAAUAACCAAU